AUGAACGAUUCUGACGGCGAAACCCGUCGAGCGACUAUCAAAAAGCGUGGUAAGAAGCCGGGCAAAUCCGCUAUGGUGGUCGCCGUGGACAGUUAUCUUGAGUCCCCAAGUGGUGGUACAGCCUCCGAUCUGUACCGAGCAGCGCGGAAACUCUCAGCACACAAACCACACUGCGCUUUGCAGCUGCUCGAUACGCUGGCAGAGCAUCUUCUCGCUGCUACUCCAGAGGCGCUGCAACUGCUAGAGCUCUGCUACUUGUUUGCAAGGAAAACGGCAAUUGGGUAUCCCGUCUCAGUCUCAGCAUUGCGGAAUGGUUGCGAAGUGGACACAGGACUGAACCUGCAACUUCUCGAAUUGGCUGAGAUGAUUAAGAUAAGUGCUGGUGUUAGGAUUUACGCCAAGGAGAUGAAGAAGAUCAAGGAUUUCUACCUCAAUGGGAAGCAAACUUUUCAGUGA